AUGGUACUGAAAGAGAGGCCUGGAGAGGGUCCAGACUCCAUAGAAAUGGUACUUUUUCUCCAUCUUUCUGGUCGGUUAUAUGCAAUGGAAAGAGGAUUGAAGAUACCCAACAGCGAGAGAACCAAGACCACCAAUGCCCUUCUUGUUUCUCUCAUGAAUCAGCUUGAAAAGGAUAAAAAGUCGUUGCAGUUGGGGCCUGAAGAUAAUUUGCAUCUAGAGGGAUUUGCCUUGAAUGUCUUUGCCAAGGCAGACAAACAAGAUCGUGCUGGACGAGCAGACUUGAAUACAGCAAAGACAUUUUAUGCUGCUAGCAUUUUCUUUGAGAUCAUCAACCAGUUUGGUCCUCUUCAGCCUGAUCUUGAGCAAAAACAGAAGUAUGCAGCCUGGAAAGCUGCUGAUAUUAGGAAAGCUCUGAAAGAAGGAAGGAAGCCCACUCCUGGCCCUCCUAAUGAUGAUGAAGAUUUGUCAAUUCCAUCAAGUACACCUAGUGGUGCAUAUGAUCUUGGACCUAGCGAACCUGCAGUUACCAGUCCUAGACGGGAUUCUGAUCCAUCACCUCAAUUCCACAAUGAAGUAAAUAACCAAAAAUACCAAUAUGACAGCAAUUACCAGCCACCACCAGAGAAAAUUGCUGAAGCACACAAGGCUGCAAGGUUUGCUGUUGGAGCCUUGGCAUUUGAUGAUGUGACAGUUGCAGUAGAGCACUUAAAGAAAUCACUUGAAUUGCUGACGAAUCCAUCAGCCAGUCAUUAAGUUUGUUAUCCUUAAGUGAACAGAUCCAAGUGGUUUUUCUUUGAAUCAUAUGGCUUGAUUUGUAAAGGUUUAUAUUCAGAGUUUGGAGAAACUGAUACUUGCCAUGUAAUUCUCAGCAUCUCCGUCCAUUUUCAUUUGGGAAUCAAAUCAUGUUGCAUGUGGUUUUCUAUUGUA